GCAACAAAUUCACACAGUGGGGGACUAGCAACAGAUACACACAGUGGCAGACUUGCAACAGAUACACACAGUAGCAGACUAGCAACAGAUUCACACAGUGGCAGACUAGCAACAGAUACACACAGUGGCAGACUAGCAACAGAUACACACAGUGGCAGACUAGCAACAGAUACACACAGUGGCAGACUAGCAACAGAUACACGCAGUGACAGACUAGCAACAGAUACACACAGUGGCAGACUAGCAACAGAUACCCACAGUGACAGACUAGCAACAGAUUCACACAGUGGCAGACUACCAACAGAUAAACACAGUGGCAGACUAGCAACAGAUACACACAGUGGCAGACUAGCAACAGAUACACACAGUGGCAGAAUAGCAACAGAUACACACAGUGGCAGACUAGCAACAGAUACACACAGAGGGAGACUAGCAACAGAUACACACAGUGGCAGACUAGCAACAGAUACACACAGUGUCAGACUAGCAACAGAUACACAC